UGACAGGGAGUUUAAAAGGAUCAGUCUGUGAGAUAGACACGCUUGUGGCAACUAAAUUCAUCAGUUUAAGUUUUCAGUAACUUAAGAUUCUGGAUCCACAGCACCGAUAAUAACAAUAAUGAUGUUCUGCAGAGCGGCUUGGCAACGACUUGCGCCUCUGGCACGCAAAACACUCACUCCUCUCAGCAAUGCUGUAUUCCCUACACGACCGAUGUCCUUUGGUCUACCGGCGUCCGGCACGAACAUGGUGUACGUGGUACUUGGUGGAAGCUCACUUACUGCUGCUCUUGUUUAUGCUUAUAAGACAAUAAACUCUGACAGUGCGAGAUAUAAUGAAAGAAUUGCUCAACUUGAGGCCAGACCUAAAAGAGCAUUGGCCGAGGUAGCAGAAGCAGAAACCACAGCAGCUAAGAUGAUUAAUGCAGAGGCUGAACAGACACCAGAACCUGUGGAGGCAGCAACUGCGAUUGUAGAGGCAGUAGCAGCUGAUGCUGAGGAACCUACUGCAUCUGUUGCUGAGGAUGUCACUGCUGAGGCUGCUGCUCCCAUUGCUGAAACGACCGUUAUCCCAAUGUCUGACCUACUGAGCACUGUGAAAAUCCUGGCUGGAUCUACAGCAGAGAUCGCAGCUGCUUCAGUCGGUGAUCAGCACCUGGUGGCCACAGUGAGAUUGGCUGAGGAAAACAAUUCUAUGGAGACCCUCAAUGGGCUGGAGGUUGCUGAUGUUAAAGCAGAGGUUGCAGUAGAAGUGCCUGAGAGAGCUGUGGUUGAGGAGGCCAUGAUAGGUAGAUUGAAUCUGAAAACAGAGGGAAAAGAGCUGGAGGAACUGCAUUCAUCGCUUCACGCAGUAGAAGAAAUGAUUUUUGUUGUAGAUGACCAUGUCAAGUCUGAGGAAGACAGCCCUGUUGUGCCUGAAGUUAAUGCUGAAAGCCUUGCUACAUCUGAGAAGGCCCUUGUUACAGAGAAGGAGAGUAUUUUGGAAUUGGAAGACUCAACAAGCCAUGUGGCGAUGCUCUCAGAAGAUGACACCGUCUCUGGAGCUGCAGAGUUGACAUCAGAAACAGUCGAGGAAGUAGGUCAGGAAAUGGAAGAAUGUAAAGCAUUGUGUCACGAGCCAGCUGCCACAGAAACUGCACAUACAGAUCUCACAGCACCACCAGCAGACCUGGAGGAGCCAUUACAGGCUACAGGUGCAACAGAGGCUGCAGAAGAAGGUCUAGUUAUGGAAGUGGUGCAGGAUGCUGUGGAGAAAGCUAAACCUGUUGAGGCAUCAGAUGAAGCUGUUGGAAGUGGAAAUGUUGCAUUGACCAUGACACAAGCCUGAAGUGAAUGUACCACACCUGAGACACUGGAAAGAGUGAAACUAGACAAUCUGUGAUGUAAUACAUACAAGUUAACAUACAGUAGUGCUGUAACAGUCAUAAAAAAGACCUAUAAAUUACUUUUUGUUUCCAACUGUAUUGCAAAUUCCCUGAAUGACUAUGGUCUCUUUAAUUUAGUUAUUUCAUCUGAAAAUGAGAUUUAGUCAGCUUCAGUUUUAAGUUUAAUUGAUCUAAUUUUGUGUCUCUGGAAAAUGGUGAUCUGUGACACUGUAUUAUGCUGAAUAUCAAAGGUUUUGUGGGCACAUUCAUGUUGUUAGAUUGCUUUUUAUUUUAAAGUGAAAAGAUAAAAUUUGAAUUAGGGCAGAAGGUCGCAACUGGAAUGUUGUUGCUAGUGCUUAUUGUAAUUCAUUAGGUUAUUCAGUUAUUCCGUUAUACACAAAAUAAUGUGUAAUCAAAAUGGAAGGAAAUGAAAUUUUAAUUAAUCACAUUAA